AUGACUAUCGGAGUCAUUUAUUUCGUGUUCAUGGAGCUGAUAGGAUUGGGCAUUCCAUUUCUCUGUCUCAGCAUCUGUUUUUGUUUCCAUCUAGGGACCCCAGCUGUUUCUCAUUAUGCAAUGAUAAGCAUAGGUUUUUACCCCAUUUUCGGACCUUACUAUGUGUUGAUGUCGAAUAAAGACUACAGGAAUCGAGUAUCCAAGAUAAUGAAGCUAACUAACAAAGUGACAAUUCGUGUGGUAGAGGGACACAAAACUGUUUGA